CCAGCUUCAACAGAAGAGACUCAAAACCAAAUCGGACCUUCUCAGCAAUGUCACAGUGUUUAGUCUCAGCCCAGUGAGCACUGCGCAGCGGAAGAGCCGCAGCAGCAGCCCAAAACACAAAGAGAGAGCCGGAGAAAAAAGACACACAGGAUCCGGGAGACGCUCUGAGAGAGAGAGAAAGUGUGUGUGUGUGUGUGUUUGUGUCCUCCUUGUCCCCCCUGGACUCAUCCCUCUGUCCCCCAACAUGGACUUGGAGCAGAAAGGUCCAGCAGUGCGAAUCGGACGCUCCGGGCAUGGAGGGGUGAAUCAGUUAGGGGGGGUGUUCGUGAAUGGGCGGCCCUUGCCGGAUGUGGUCAGGCAGAGAAUAGUGGAGCUGGCCCAUCAAGGCGUGCGCCCAUGUGACAUCUCCCGCCAGCUCCGGGUCAGCCAUGGCUGCGUCAGCAAGAUAUUGGGCAGGUACUAUGAAACGGGCAGUAUCAGGCCAGGGGUGAUCGGAGGAUCCAAACCAAAGGUUGCUACACCCAAAGUCGUCGACAAAAUCGCCGAUUACAAACGCCAAAACCCCACCAUGUUUGCCUGGGAGAUACGAGACCGACUACUGGCCGAGAGAGUGUGUGACAACGACAGCGUGCCCAGCGUCAGCUCAAUCAACAGGAUCAUUCGCACUAAAGUCCAGCAACCGCCUGGCCAAUCAGGAAACGUCACUGCCCAUAAUUUAGUGUCCACAGUAGCCGUGACCCAGGUCUCCGCGGUAACCAGUGAUGCUGCAGGCUCCUCCUACUCCAUCAGUGGAAUUCUGGGGAUUAGCUCGGCGGCCGACGCAAGCAAGAGGAAGAGAGAUGAAAAUCUUCAGGAUUCUUCCUUGGCGAAUGGCCAUGCCCACUCGGGGCGGGACUUCCUGCGGAAGCAGAUGCGAGGGGAGCUCUUCACUCCUCAGCAACUCGAGGUAUUGGACCGUGUGUUUGACCGACAGCCCUACCCCGACAUUUACCCCAUCCCAGACACCACCAACAACGGCAAGCCCGCCCAGACGUCAGAUUAUUCAGCCAUGGCUUCUCUGGCCGGCGGACUGGAGGAGAUGAAGAGCAGUCUGGCCAAUCAGACGGGAGCAGAGCUGGGCCCCAGUGUAGCAGGACCACAGUCUUACCCGCUGGUGUCAGGUCGCGACCUGGCCAGCACCACGCUCCCUGGUUACCCACCUCACGUUCCCCCAGCUGGACAGGGCAGCUACUCGGCCCCCUCGCUUACAGGAAUGGUACCGGGAGGUGAAUUCUCUGGGAGUCCGUACUCUCACCCACAGUAUUCAACAUACAACGAGUCCUGGAGGUUCCCCAACCCCAGCCUGCUUGUGUUCCAGCAGGAGUAUGGUUCUCUUCUGGGCUCAGAGAGAGCAGCUUCAUCAGGCCUGUUCCCCAGCCAGACCCCACAGCCUGCAGGAUCUCCUUACUACUACAGCGCAGCCACGCGGGGGGCGGGGCCUGCUGCUGCGGCGACUGCCACUGCCUAUGACCGCCACUGACCAUGCCAGAGAGGAGAGGAGGAGUGGGAAAAGAGGACAGGAAAAGAGAGGGAGGAGAAUAGACAAGCUAGCACCAGCGAUGGCCCACAUGAGACUGCCUGCACAUGGAUGAAGAAAAGAAGGAGGGAUGGAGAAGAGAGUGAAGAUGAGAGCGCGCGUCGUUUUCCUGCCAAUCACAAUCACUCAAGCUCAUGUGCCCUUUCAUCUGCAAAGUUUUGCCCAGGUCAUUUUUGUGCAGCAGCGCUGGGUCAUACGUACAUACAGUACAUAUAGUACAUACAUUUCAGUUCAUCUGCAACAUACAAGCUUAUCUGCAGCAUACAAGUGCUACUGCCUUUCACACAGAGAAAGACUUAUUGUAUUGUGUAUCUUUGAUUUGCCCAUGAAUGCAUUUUUUCAUAGCAACUAUUGCUGGUUUGGACAAGUUUUACACAACAUUGGCAAAAAUUCAGUUCGUCCUAAUGAGAAUGUGCAGCGCACAACUUAUUUUAGAGGCUGUUGUUUAUUUCAAAUGAUAUUUAUUUCGUAUGCGUGUAGAUUGAUUGUUGUGUAAUCAAGCUGGGGUUAGCUUGGUGGCAGAUUUGUCACUACAACAACAUAGAAUUCAUGAUAGCAUAGUAUUGUGAAGUGCUAACACUUGUAAACAAUGGAAAUAGUUUACAUACAUACAUACAUUAUGUACGAGAUGUUACGCGCCACAGUUUCCCAUUAUGCUGAGUUGCUACAAAAGAACACAUUCGUGGGCCGAGCACGGAUAGAUCAAUUUAGGUUCUGUUUAAACAGUUUUGUUUUUUAAUUGCGCAUAAAUUGCUGAAUUCAUUUUCAUAUCCUUUUCCUCAUUCCAACUCUGAGUUAUUCCGCAGUCCAUCUAACAGAAGUUUGAGGUGGGAGUUAAUAGACAAUCUAUCUAUCUCUGGCAGCUUGGAAUGACUUCACAAUUUAAGCCUACAUUAUUAUUGACUUCAUCAACAUGCCACCCUUGUACAGAAUGACUGCAACAUUGCAAUCCUGCGCCAGCUGUGUUAUGCAGCACCAUAUAGUAUAGAUAAUUCUCUUGUCGAAAACCAAACGGGAUCCUUGCCACUGAAAGGUUUUUAGGGAGAGCUGGAAACAGAAGAGUUUUUAAACAUGGACUGUUAACUCAGGUCAGAACACUGGCAUUAAAAUUGGCAUUAAAGGAAUCAGUGUUUUUCAACCUAAUGUCUAUCUGCAUGUGUUGUAUGGUUGAUUACCAUGGACAUCAUUUCCCUGUAAAAGAACAGAAAACCUGUUGACAUGCUUAUACCAGAAGCUAAUGGGCAGAUGGAGGUUGGAAAAUGCUGUAAUCUUUUAAAAGAACCCAAAAAAGCAUCAGCCGAGCAAGUUAAUCCUGUUCACUGCUCACGAUGAACGCAGCAGACCUAACCGCAAACCAGAUUAGAUCACUGACAUUUCAUUCUCAUAGUUCUAGUCACUUUCAUUUUCUUUAGUUCAAGUGAAAUUAAUCAUAGAAAACCAUCAAGCAACUGAGGAUCACCUAAGGCCCAGUCCCUGGAUCUCCAAUCAGCCAGAAUGUUUACAUCCCUCAUGCUAACAUUGUUUUUGCUAAUUGAAAUACCUAAAUAAUGCUAAUGAAAUGAGCGUGACGUGUACAGUUCAAUCCCGCUUGUGAUACUUGUGAUAAAGUCAAACCGAACCUUUUUCUGACACACUGAAUUAUAAUCAUAUUGUAUUAUGAGCAGCA